CCGGAAUCGAGAGCAGAAGCCCGUCGACUCGCGGAGCUCGGACAGAGGACGGCGGACGGCGGACAGUAGGCCUCGCGCGGAUCGGCAGCAUGCUCCAGUCCCUCACCAGCAGCUCGUGCGUCCGUCUGAUCCGGAGCAACAGAUCGGCCUGGUACUUCUGCUUCCUGCUGCUGGGCUAUGUGCUCUACCUGCUCUUCGGAGCGGUGGUCUUCUCCUCCGUGGAGCUGCCCUACGAGGACCUCCUGCGCCAGGAGCUGCGGAACAUCAAGCGCCAGUUCCUCCAGGAGAACAAGUGUCUGUCCGAGGAGAAGCUCGAGCUCUUCCUGUCCAAAGCGCUCGACGCCAGCAACUACGGAGUGUCCAUUCUCAACAACGCCUCGGCCAACUGGAACUGGGACUUCACCUCCUCGCUCUUCUUCGCCAGCACCGUGCUGUCCACCACAGGCUAUGGUCACACUGCCCCUCUCUCCGACGGCGGGAAGGCCUUCUGUAUCAUCUACUCGGUGAUCGGCAUCCCCUUCACCCUCCUCUUCCUCACGGCCGUGGUGCAAAGGAUCAUGGUCUUCAGCACACGGAGGCCCAUCAUGUACGUGCACACUCGCUGGGGUCUGUCCAAGCCCCUCGUGGCUCUGGUGCACGCCAACCUGCUGGCCAUCGUCGCCGUGUCCUGCUUCUUCCUCAUCCCUGCCGCCAUCUUCUCAGCUCUGGAGGAGGACUGGAACUUCCUGGAGUCCUUCUACUUCUGCUUCAUCUCGCUCUCCACCAUCGGCCUGGGAGACUACGUGCCGGGAGAGGCGUUCAACCAGCGAUUCCGGGAGCUCUACAAGCUGGGCAUCACUGUCUAUCUCCUGCUGGGCCUCAUUGCCAUGCUGGUGGUGCUGGAGACCUUCUGCGAGCUGCAGCAGCUGAAACAGCUGAGGAAGAUGUUCUACCUGAAGAAGGAGAAGCCUCAAGACCAGCUGGCCAUCAUGGAGCACGACCAUCUGGCCUUCUCCUCGGUGGACAACGCCACGUCACCCCCGGAGGAGAAGACCGAGCCCUUCGUAGACGUCCCCGUCCUCACCUCUCCUGGUGGAGAUGACCCUAUGAUUAGAUAAGCAGUUCAGUCCGUCAUCAACGUGUCCGUCACGGCACAGUGGCACGAGGGUUCUUCAACGUGUAGCUCUUCAGUUUGCAGUAUGCUGGCUAGUAGCUCAUCACAACAUCGUGAUAGAUAUUAGCGUUCAGUACGUUCAACAUUCCGCAGUGUUCUUCACCUCAAACCUGCACUUUAAAAACAAAGCACAAUUAACAUUCAGCAUAACCUGAAACAGGUCCAGUCAUGUGCAUUGGGUAGUUUACUAAGUCAGCAACAAGUGCUUGAAGGACGUUUUGGUGUUUUACAAGCCCAGACCUCAGACUUUAAGCUUAAUCUUGGGGGUCCUUUAGGCCCUAUGAAGGGUUUAGACCUUAGUUAAACCCUUAACUACCCCAGUAUGGAAAGUCCUUGUUUAAAGUAGACGAUGCUAAACAAAGCUGUUGUUAGGACAGGUUAGUUUACGCCUGAUUCACACCUGCUACCUCUGCGUGGUGUGAGCGAUCCGGCAGUGUGAGCGAUCCGGCUGUGUAAUCGAUCCGACAGUGUGAGCGAUCCGGCAGUGUGAGCGAUCCGGCUGUGUGAGUGAUCCGGCAGUGUGAGCGAUCCGACAGUGUGAGCGAUCCGGCUGUGUGAGCGAUCCGGCUGUGUGAGCGAUCCGGCUGUGUGAGCGAUCCGACAGUGUGAGCGAUCCGGCUGUGUGAGCGAUCCGGCUGUGUAAUCGAUCCGACAGUGUGAGCGAUCCGGCUGUGUGAGCGCUGCAGCUCCAACGCUGCCUUUCAUACACGCAGCGUUUGGGCUGCGGAGCGGAGCAGCGAGGAAGUUACACCGACAUUCCUUUUUCCAGAUGGACGCACAGUCCAGUCAGCUUUGCUCAAUGAAGGUAUGGUUUAUGAAAGAGCGGUACACCUGCGUACCCUCGACAGCAUUCCGACUGUGAUUGGGUGGCUUUCAGCCUGGUGGACCAGAAAUCUGUCUGCAGCACGGAGUGUUUAACUAGUGUUUUGUUUGAUAACGUUCAUUAAUUACAUUACAUUAAAUUAACCCCUUAACAAGCCGUUGGCCCUCCGCCAGGCCCAGGUAACCUAAGAAUAGCUCCGUUAGUUUGUACUGAAGUCCCUGUAGCUACUGAGUAAUAGGUCUUAGUAUCUAAUAAGUCUGGAUUGUUAAGAGUUUUAAUUAACACUUUUAUUCGCUUUUCUGUUCGAUUUCCAUUGAUUUUCAUGACUUAUUUCAGUGUAUUUUGCUGUGUGAAAAAAUCGGCGCCUAGUCGAUUCUCUAAAUAACGCUCUGCUGCUCCGCUGUGCACAAGCGCUGACCUGUUAACAUGAGUGCGCUCCACGUCGCUCACACCACGCAGCGCUAGUAUGUUUGAAUCAGGCCUUAGGCUCACUUUCAGACGAAGUUAGAGAUCAGUGAUAAAGAAAGCUUCAUUUAGACGUAAAUAGAAAUAGAAAUACAUAAAAGUAACCUGUGGCUGCUUUUUGGAUCCGCAAAAAAGAGCUGGGGAAGUGAAAAUGUCUGGGAUUACUGUAUUACCAAACAUCCCUCCGUUUAAACUCUCUGUAUGCUACGACGAUAGAGGAUACGAGUCCUGUAAGUCCGUGAUGUCGAGGUACUGGUAAACAUUUCAAUGCACAUAUUUCUAAAAGAGUCUGAGGUUUAGAUUAAAGCAUAAAAGCGACUAGUCUGAUCAACAAAACGACUGAAUGUUUGAAUUCAAAACCUGACUAUUAUGAUUUAGACCUUUAGGGAUUGGAGAUUCUGCCAGAUUGUUUACAGAUGUAUAUUUGUAUAUUCAUGUUGUCUUUGUAAAACCGUAUGGUGGGUUAAAGGGAGACCACGCCUUACGCGAGCCAUUGCGUUGAUCCUGCAAUGGUGUGAGAAGCUCAAGGUGAACUGAAUAAUGUCUGCUUUCAAAGCUGAAUUUUCUGUGUAUUUUUAUUUGCAGAGGUUUAAUAUGAGCCUCAAACAAAGGGAACUUGAAUGUGCUCUACUGUGACAUAUUUAUUGUAAGAAUGGUGGCCAGUGUUGGGAAUCAGCUGAGUCAGCAGGAACUGAGCCCCUAGUUCAGGUGUGUGUUGGAGUUUUAUUUUUCAGAAAAUUUGCAAAUGUUCUUACUUUUCACAGCAGCAGAGUAGCUCAGUCUUCACAACAUGCUACUUUCAGCUCUGUUCAAAGGGGAAUUCCACUGAUUUUUUCAAAUUUCUGCAUGUUUCUGAGUGUGUGAGGUGUAAUCAGAGAGAUUCAGAGCAGUUUGGUUCGAAGUGGU